AUGAAAUGUUGUGCUGAUGAUUCUGAGGAUUCCAUGAGCAAGAUUACCUAUUCCGGAGCUAUAUUGGAAGUGUGUAUGAGGAAGUUGGUAUUCUAUCCUGAAAUUGUUGGUUUUAUUGAAGAAGAGAAAGAAAAGUUCCCUAGCGUAAAAGUUCAGUACAUUUUCAACUCACCGCCCAAGUUGAUCAUGCUGGAUGAAGAUGGUGAACAGAAGGAAACAAUUAGAAUCGACAACUGGAAACGCGAACAUCUACUACAGUAUAUGCGGGAGAAGGUCAAGCCUACUUCAGCAAGUUAG